AUGUCCAUCCAGGAACAGGAUGGAUACGCUGAAGCUACAAAUCCAUUAAUACAUCCGCAAAAAGAGCAGGACGAUGAAAUAUUUCUCUUCAUGCAAAGGCUACAAUCCCGGUCCAAAGAAAUCCAUGAUUUCUUGAAUCAGAGCGAAGAGGACGAUAUCUUUAUAAUUAAUAUUGAAUUGUCGGAGAAACGUGUCACCCCAUCUCAAAAAUUCCGAGAGAAAACCUCUUCUCAUCCCCGCACUGCAUUUUUAAUUCUAGAUUCGAAAGAUAUAGAUAAUCGUGGUAAAGGACGACUCAAUAAAUAUUUGACUGCGAUUCACCGGAAAACCGCAAAAUAUCGCAGAGCGAUAUACAUAUCUAUAGGAAUCCUAGUGUCUCCGCGAUACUUUGCCAAGUAUUCACUAUAUUUCGGAAUCUUUCUUACCGAUAUUUUCCUUUGCUGGCAGAGGCGAUCCAAACAUAGCCAAAAGCAUUCGCUUAGGUCUGAAGGAUCGCCUAAGCAGGGCCGGUGCAAGCGAGGGAGAAAGACUUUACCUACGAUUACAAGUGAGGCAAGCGCAAUAGCGGACGUCCUCGCUAAUUCGAGCUUAGACAAUAUUUUGAUAAACCAAACGACAUACGAAGCCGUGGACCUACCUCAGAGUCCAGACUUUGGUACCCUACAAGACUUCGAUCCUCUGCAAGACUUCGACCCCCUACAAGACUUCGAUCCCCUGCAAAACUUCGAUCCCCUACAAGACUUCGAUCCACUACAAAACUUCGAUCCACUGCAAGACUUCACCUUUUCCCCAGGACACGAGAUUUAA